AUGGCGCAGCUGAACGCUCUGGGGGGCUUGUGGCCAGAAAUCGUCAAAGCAACUGGAUAUCUCGAUAAUCGUACGCCCAAGCGCCAGCUAGAGUGGAGGACCUCAUACGAAUCGCUAUUAAAGCAGAAGCCGAAUCUAGCUCAUCUCCGCACGUACGGAUGCAGAGCCUAUCCGUUGAAUAAGCACAUACCACGCUUGCAGAAGCUGCAGCUAAGAGCUUAUAUAGGGUAUUUGGUAGGAUAUGAGUCGACAAAUAUCUAUCGAAUUUGGAUACCAAGUCUGGAGAAGGUCGUACGAACAAGGGAUGUUACGUUUAAUGAAGAGCUAUUCUACGAUCCUGCAGAGCUAGAUAUAGGCCAUCUUCUACGCGAAUCGACUAACCAGGUUAUAGAGAUCCUUGAAAUUCCUUCUAUGGCCGCGGCAGAGCCAAAUAGCCGUGCAGAUACUGAAGAGGAGGAGGAGAGGGAGCGCGGCGCAAGAUCCGCAGGAGGCGAAAACGACUCUCCUAGCGCCUCUACGCCAAAUUCUACAGCCGCGCCAACUCCCUGCGAUUCGAGUGCUUCUGGCACGCUUUCUAACUGCGCUUCUACGCCCUCUGAAAAUCGAUCUGACUUCGACUCUCGAAAUAUCCUGCCAGAAGGCUCGAAACGCUCUCGUAUGAGCUCUCGACGUCAGAAUUACGCCGCAGCGCUUGCGCAGACUACUGAGCUCACGCCCUUCUACGCAGCAUUCGCUGCAGGGCACGAAAAAAGUGGAAAAAUAGAUGGGUUACACAGAGAUACGCUGCCUACGGAGCUGCGCAGCUGGAAGCAAAUGACUAAGCAUAAAUUCGCUACAGAAUUCAAGCUUGCUGCUAAUAGAGAGAUUCAAGAGCUGGCACGCAGAGAGACGUUCAAGUGGGUGAAUAAGGAGGCUGUUACUGCUAUGCCGUUGCCCCUGCUAUGGGUAUUUAAAUACAAAUUCGACACAGACGGCUAUCUCAUCAAAUUCAAGGCCAGGCUCUGCGUACGAGGCGAUUUGCAGUCAACAGAGCAGGAUACCUACGCCGCAACACUCGCAGCACCAGCGGCGUUCGAUCUUGAUAUUCGCCAAUAUGACGCUGUCAACGCGUUCGUUAAUAGCAAACUCAACGAACGGAUAUUCUGCAUACCCCCUGAGGGUUAUAAGCGUUCUCAGCAGAGCUGGCUACUUCUACGCGCAUUGUACGGCCUCAAGCAAUCGCCGCUGCUUUAG